UGUUUCAUUUACUACCUUAGGAAAUGGUUUGCUGUGCAACAUUUCAGCUGUUUUAAGAACCAUCCAGAUGUGCAUGUAACUAAAUACAUUAAUGUGAGAUUUUCUAGCUCUUAUCCAAGAAACCCUUAUUUUCCUUACCUUGUUUGUUAUACUUGGAUACUGUUUUCUGUUUCAAAUUAAACAGUUGUAAGGGCAGGAGUGUGCUGCAGUCCAGCUGUCUAUUUCAUGCUUAGUUGGGAUUGGAGCUGGAGAAAGUGGGAAGAACAAGGAUUAUUGCUAUUUAAUUCUACUAGAUCACUUUGAUUAAAGUCCAGGCUGGCCUGUAGGAUGUUACCAAAUGACUCACCAGUGCUGAUGGAGCCAGAACAGCCCGAUCUCUGAUACAAAGCAAAAAAUAAUGGAUAAUGCUACACUGCUUCUGCUGUCUUUAACCUUGGAGCAGGGGGACUGCAGGGGGACUGUUUAGCACUUUUGUGUUCUGUGCAGCAGCCUGCAGACCGCUGCACAGCCCCACUAGGUCUGUAUAGUGAGGAACUUCACCAACACAUCAGGUAGACCCUCUCCUUCCUUCUUCUUCCAAAGUAUUGGAGGUGGAGGUCCAAGGAGAACUUGAGAUUUUUUCCUUGUGCUGUGCAGUUUGGAACAUGGGAGCAUACUGUUUUCCUGCAGUGCUUGUAGUCUGCUCUACACUGACCUCAGCCAGUCCCUACAUAAAUGCACACACACUGGAUGUGUGUGCUCAGAUUGUUGUCUUCUCACCAGUUUCUCCUUCAGGCAUCUCCCAAGGUUGCCGGAUGGCUGGGAGACCUGUGGACUUUAGCAGAGGGAGACUGUCCAGGGGAUCCCCACCCUGUAUCUUUCAGGGAGGUGGUUUGGUAGCUGUAUCAUAUCCAGGGUUGUGUCUGAGACGAAAGGCAUCACCUUUAUACGACCCAGGAAGUACAUUGUUUCGUCAGGGUCAGAGCCUCCGGAGCUGGGCUAUGUUGACAUUCGAACCUUAGCAGACAGCAUGUGUCGCUACGAUCUCAAUGACGUGGACGUAGCGUGGUUGCAGCUUGCCAAUGAAGAAUUCAGAGAAAUGGGGAUGCCUGAGCUGGAUGAGUACACAAUGGAGAGGAUCCUAGAGGAGUUUGAACUACGAUGCUAUGAUAACAUGAAUCAUGCUAUUGAGACGGAAGAAGGACUUGGGAUUGAAUAUGAUGAAGAUGUUGUCUGUGACGUCUGUCAGUCCCCAGAUGGAGAAGAUGGCAAUGAAAUGGUGUUUUGUGACAAAUGCAAUAUUUGUGUGCACCAGGCAUGCUAUGGGAUCCUGAAGGUGCCAGAAGGCAGCUGGUUGUGCAGGACCUGCGCACUUGGCGUUGAGCCCAAGUGUUUGCUGUGUCCUAAGAAAGGUGGAGCCAUGAAGCCAACUCGAAGUGGCACCAAGUGGGUCCAUGUUAGCUGUGCUCUAUGGAUUCCAGAGGUGAGCAUUGGAAGCCCGGAAAAAAUGGAGCCCAUUACAAAGAUUUCUCACAUUCCCAGCAGCAGAUGGGCACUGGUGUGCAGCCUUUGCAAUGAAAAAGUUGGAGCUUCUAUACAGUGUUCGGUGAAGAACUGCAGAACAGCCUUUCAUGUUACCUGUGCAUUCGACCGUGGCUUGGAGAUGAAGACCAUCCUGGCAGAGAAUGAUGAGGUGAAGUUUAAGUCAUACUGUCCCAAGCACAGUUCCACCAAGAAAGUGGAUGAGGAGACUUUCAGUGAAAGCCCAGGUCAGCAGAAUGGGAAUGGGAUUCAGGACAGCUCUCUUCCCGCCCACAUUGACCCUUUCCACAGCAUGACUCAAAACCAGGAGGAGGCCCACAGAGUCAGCCUCCGCAAACAGAAACUCCAGCAGCUGGAGGAUGAGUUCUAUACCUUUGUUGAGCCUGUGGAAGUGGCUAAAGUACUGCAGCUGCCAGAGGAGUCAGUGGAAUUCCUUUACAAGUACUGGAAGCUGAAGAGAAAAGCCAACUUCAACAAGCCUUUGAUUACUCCAAAGAAGGAUGAAGAGGACAAUCUGGCCAAACGAGAACAGGAUGUUCUGUUCAGAAGACUGCAGCUCUUUACACAUCUCCGGCAGGAUCUAGAGCGGGUGCGUAAUCUCACCUACAUGGUGACCCGAAGGGAAAAAAUCAAGAGAUCUGUUUGCAAAGUUCAGGAACAGAUAUUUAAUACCUACGCAAAGCAGCUGGAACAAGAAAGAGUUUCAGGUGUGCCUUCCUCAUUCUCCUCUAUGGAUAACACAGUGCUGUUCAACAGUCCAUCUUUGGGCCCCAGUGCCCCUAAGAUAGAGGAUCUGAAAUGGCAUUCUGCAUUCUUCAGGAAACAGAUGGGCACAUCCCUAACUCAUUCCUUGAAAAAAUCACACAAGAGGGACAGAGUAAGGGAGAGCUCGGGGAAUGACAGCAAAGCCAUUCUGAGGCAGCCCAGCCAAAAAGAGAGCAGUGCAGCUCCAGGGAGCUUUUUACAUUUUGACAAGACCUUUGCAGAAACACGGAUUGCAUCAGCACAGCAGAAAAAUGGCAUAGUCAUACCAGACCACAGAAAAAGCCGAGACAAUCGUCCACAGUGCGAGGUGACCAAGGCAGAACUAAAAGAAAAGACUUCUAAACACAACCACAAACCACUGAGACCUACAGAACUCUCUCAGAGGCAAUCAGAAAGUAAAAGGGCUGUGAACCACUCCAGUGGUAGGUCAGCACCUGGCACACGGAGGGAUAUAGUGCCUAAAUGCAAUGGGGGUCUUGUGAAAGUAAACUCUAAUCAGACAGCAGCAGUUCAAGUGCCUACGACACCCACGAGCCCAGUGAAAAACUGGGGCGGAUUCCGAAUUCCAAAGAAGGGGGAAAGGCAACAGCAGGGUGAGAGCCUAGAGGAGACCUGCCGCCAGAACUCCAGCUACCCCUACUUGGGCAGAGUUUCCCCGAAGGACAGGGCAAAAGGCAAACUCAAGCCUGACAGUGAGAAUGACGGGUAUAUCCCUGAUGCCGAAAUGAGUGACUCGGAGACUGAAGUGGCUGAAAAGAAGUGCCGGCAGCAGAGGCUCAGUCCAAACACCACAAUGAGCAGAAGGACAGACAUUAUCAGGAGAAGCAUCCUGGCAUCCUGACUGGACACAGGGACACAGAGUCACUGCCUACAAGCCAACUCCACAUUAUUUAUUGAUUUGAAAGAGAAGAAUUCUUAGACCUAGCUAUAGGCUGAUGAAUGACCUAUUAUUCCUGAGCUAUAUAAACAUGUUUACAUGCACUUAAAGCUGUUUUUUUCCCCUCUCAUUCUGUGAGAAGUUUGACUCUUCUUUAUUUGCGACUAUCCUGAGUAAGCAGAGGAAUGAUGUCACUACUAAGAUGGGAUUUGUGAUGAACACUAAAAUAAGUCACAGAAACCUUUUAAAAGAGGCUAGGGUGGGUAGGGGGCAGUAGGCUGCAUUCAUCCCUUUUAGCUAAAAAGCACUGAUAAAAUUUUACUUCCUUCCCCUGCCUUCUGGAAAAGCACAAGCUCUUAAUUUAUAACUAAUGUGUACUGAAUGGAAGAUGGUUGUUUAACCAUACUGCACUGCUAAAUAUCUCAUUACAAAUGGUCACUUACCUUGGGUGGUGGUAGUCUUUCUCCUCUCUUUGCAGUUGUUUCCUGUUGCAUUCAGUUUCAGCAGAGGUGGCAGCUCAGACCCAUCUGAAAGCUCCAGAGUUUACAUGUACAUAUACCUGUGAAGUGACCAGAUUUAACCAUGUUGUUAUGCUGGAGGAGGAGGAAGGGACUGGUCAGGGCUGCAGCUGUAUUACACUGCAGGAGCUGGGAAAGAUGCAGACUGAGCACGAGGACACUCUCAGAAUGGCUCAAUUCUGAGAACAGAAGCAGGGGGAAGCUUGUGGGUUACAGCUCCCCUGAAAUAACCCACCACCAUUUAGUCAGUCACCUCCUCUGUGAGUAUGGUGACAACUCCAGAGAGAAAUUUCAAAGGCACUAGUUGGUAGGAUUUCCCAAAGUCCACUGCAGAUGCACUAAUGGUACGUACUGGGAAAGCCAGGCUUAGGAUACUAAAGGGUUGCUUUAAAAUGGACAUGAAUAUAUAUUUUUGAAUAGAAUAAAAUGGAAAGGCAAUAAAUUGUGAUUAGUUCUUUACAGUCAAAUGAAGAAAAACUAUUUCAUUCUAUUCUGGACUAGAUUUGAUGGAAGAGGGAUCUCGUAUUCUGGUUGUAUACUUUUUUAGUAAUUGCAAAUGGCAAUAACUGGUAAGCUAGGAGCAAUAAUAUCAACAGAUCAUUAGGGUACUGUUGGGCUGAGUGCACAUCUAACUAGAGUGUUAGGAGCCUCCAAGUUUUGGAAUUCUGCAUAGCUGUAAGUCAGGUAUGUACUGGUGAAAAAGCUGAAGCAGCAAUGUGUUACAUAAAGUCAGGCAUAAAAAAACCCCUCCUUUCCUACCCCCACCUCCUAGGCAGCUCUUACAUCCCCUUUUUAGUGUUAGACCCUUGCCUCUUGAGUAGGGGACAUUUAAAGCCCAGCAGAACUCUACCAUAAAUGAGUCUUCCAGAGGAUUCAAUCAAACAAACAAGGCUUAUUAGCACCCUAUCUUGCUAUGCAAGUUAUCACUUAAUGAAGUAUUUCAACUGAACAUACCCCUGUCAAUAGUUUUACAACUCCAAAGUCUUACCCUACAGAGGGAGGGGGAUUGUGCAUAAAAUAGUGUACUUUUAAAAUAGAGUGCUGGUCCCAAGAAGUUAGAUGAAUGUCGGGACUUCCAGAGGUGAAAGUCAGGGCACUGAAGAAUCUGAAGUUAUGGAGUUAUUCUUGUGGUGUGUUAAAAGUACUUGAUAGACCAUCACCUGACAGACAACAGCUGAAUGCAGGUAGGUUCUGCUCAACAUGCAGCAAGGUUUUCCAAACAGGCACUGUGCUUUUCUGUAAUAACGAAGCUUGUAACCAUAUAUGGAAUAGUUUGUUAAGCCAUAGGAGUCUAAAUUUUGAUGCUUAAGUAAACAUCUAAAUUUUGAUGCUUAAGUAAACAUUUAACCUCGCACCAGAUUGAAGGAGUUACCUUGUUAAUUUGCACUAUGAUGAACGCUAAGGUUGUGCAGAAUUAAUGCCUUACCUGUUCUGCUACCUGCUGUUUAGGUUAAUAAGCUUUGUAACUUUCAAAGUUAAAUUGAACCAAAACCAGAACCCUGUAGCACUGCAGGAUGCUCAGCUCUGUAGGUUAGGUUUGUCCCCCAUCCUUCGCUGUCAGCAGAGGAGGUGUUGGAAAUACAGCAGUGACAGUACAAACCUGCCCCGUCUUUUAUUGUGAUAGAACCAUUUGCUGCAUUUCUGUUUUUACAAGUAUUUCCUUCCAUUGUGCAGACUGACCAACAGAUCUUUGACUAUGAUUGGUGUAUUCUGUCCAACUGUAGGUUAGUUGAAAUUCUGUAAAGUUGCCUGGAAUGCCAUUUAUUAGGCUGCAGACUCACACAGACCUAAAUGAAGGGUUACCCGUGUUGUGUAUAAAUCUUAAUUUCAGAGAUUUGAGAAGGUUUGUCAUUACAUUUGUAAAAUCUUGUACAGAGGAUUUUUCACUAUGUGCCUAGCUUUGGUGUCCAUUCAGCUGAAAUUAAGAAAGGUGCAUGAAGAGAAACAGAUAGAAAUAUAAAGUAUAUGUAGAGAUGACUAUUUUAUAUUACAUGGCCCAAUCUGUAUUUAUUUUCUCCCUUUUUUGAAAUAUUUAUAAAGACCUAGUUGAAGACAGCUGUUAUUUUUUGUUAGAAUAUUCAGUAGACUUGUGCCUUUUUGUCUGUAUGUGAAUAAAUGCUGUACAUUUUUGCAGUA